AUGGCAGAACAAGAGAUAUCAUUAUUAAAUAAGGUGGAGCUACGAAUUGCUCUCGCUGAAAGUAAUUCACAAUUGGAGAAUGCACUAAAAAUAUACCUACCUCCUGUGUUGUUGAAACUAGCCAGUCCAAAUGCACAAGUUCGACAAUUAGUUUUCAAAAUUAUCCAGCAUGUAAUUCCAAGAAUCACAGCCGCAAGAAACCUUCGAUUACCAGUUGAGGCAUUAAUCGAUCAAGUCAAGAACCCAAAUUUGAGUUCGGAUUUAGACUCAACAUCGGUGAGAUUAUACUCAGCCCUAUUCGUGUCGAGGGGCGUUGACAGAAUUGGAGACGAUGAAAAGAGAGCCCUAGUUCCUUUAGUAGUGGAGCAAAUGUCAGGACUUUCGGAAUCUAUUGCAGCACGCACGUUUGCAAUUCUAUGCAAGUUGCUAAAAACUUGGAAAGUUCUUGAUCCAGACUCUGAUGAGUUCAAAGAUCAAAGGCGAAUGUUUGUUGCAGAUAAAACGAAUGAGCGGUAUCUAGCUCUCAAAAUAGCUAAGUUUAUGAUGUUUACUAUGGAGUCCUCGACAAAGGUAACAAUAGGAUUAAGUAGUGACGAUAUAAAGUUUUUCACGUCUGACUCUGGAGUAACUUUCCAAAAUAACCUGGAGCUAACUGCUACGAAACUUUCAUUACUCCAAUUCUUAAAAUCUGGAUUCACCAAUGACCAGCUUGUUUUGCCAUUUGUGAUUGCUUCGGGAGAGCUGUCUUCGGCAAUUUGUGAAGCAUCGGAAAAGACACUAAAAACAUUGUGCUCAAAUCAAGAUGAAAUAACUCUUUACGGUGGAACGACCUUAGUGGACUAUCUCAUUGGCAUCUUUUUGGAUACGAAUAGAUCAACCCUGUAUGAUUGGAACCUUAGACUUAAAAUUAUGCAGCUCUUGUUAAAAAGUAAUUCCAUUGGAAAGUAUAAGGACGUUAUGGAAGUAUGCAAAAUUGGGCUAAACUCCCCUUCGCUUAAAUUGAGAAAGCUUUCGACAGACCUUAUUGAAAACCUUUUGAAAGCAAACAAGCAUGAUCCAGGAUUUGAAGAGUUUACUACCGGCAUUGCAAAUGACCUUCGUUCAAGUCUUGCGAGUGAGGUGGUAUCCAAUGACAGUUCGUCUUCGUACAAUUCCACGCUCUACGCCGAGAAGCGAUCCAAGUAUGAGACUUUGGGAAGUAUUCUACAAUCAGCACCGACAAUAUUUGUCAAUGACUGGUCAUAUAUUUUAUUCUUGCUUGAAGCCAUCGAUCAUGAGGAUUCUGAGGUGAAAGUUUCCAUCCAAAACGUUUUAUCAAGUUUAUCAAGCCAUUUAAAUGAGAUUAGCGACUCCAAUAAGUUGGCUUUACGAGAAAUUGCAAGAGAAUAUUUUUUGAAACCCUAUUCACAUUCUGGUAUGGGAAGAUAUAUUCUUGUAAAGUACAUGAACUUGGCAUUCCCAUUUGACGACGCUUUUGCAAGAAUGUUGUGCAUCGUUGGAACUGGUAAAGAAAAUGGCCCUGAGAUUUUGGAGGAGUCCAAUAAGGGGUUACAUCCAUACUGGUUCAAUCUCUUGCAAGCUAAUAAUGCAAACAGUUUUGCAUCCACAUCUUAUCUAUUGGGAAAUAAGUCAAGAGUUGCGUUUCCAAAAUUCAGCGAGUUUGUUACUACUCUCACAACCGAACUUGCUAAAAACGUUCACUCGCCAUUGUUUGAAACUCUCCCUAGAGCUAUCGAAUUUGCAGUUCAAAUUUUGGUAAUGGAGGCCUUGGGUAAAAACAGGACUGUGAUUGCGUUGGAUGAAAAUUGGUCUGUACGAUUGGACAAGGCCUUGGAGCUGAAUGAUACAGUGAGGACAUUGAUGGUUGAAAAGAUGAAAGAUUGGAACACUAAAAAAGCUGUGAAUGAGCUUUUGUCUCUCUGCUUUGAUGCUCUUAUUGGACAGUUCAAAAGCGAUUCCGAAUUUACUCCUAGUGUUUUUUAUGGUCGGGCUAUUGGUAAAUUGCUCACUUUUUCUUCGUCUGAGAUAGUCGAAUCAUGUUCGAAUAGAGCCAACGAGUUAGCUUCUAUACUUCGUCAAACCCACAUGCGUGAUGAUUCAAUGAGUGAAAUCUGUAAAAUAUUGGGUGUCAUAGGAAGCCACCCAUCGAACGAUGAUCAGAAAGUCAUGGGUCUUUUGGAUCAGCUCCAUGGAGUUCAAAAUAAGACUGUUGCUGUUUUAGCAGAAAGUUAUAUUGUAUCCAGAGUGUUCGCUAGAGGUAGACGUGAGGUAAUUUCCUUGUUGGUUCUUGAUCAAUUACUUGGAGACGUUAUUGAGAUGUCUAAGAACCAGUCUACUUAUCCUUCUGCAGUUGAGCUGAUAUCGCAAUUGGCGAUGUUUGGCACACUUAAAGAGCCUAUGUCAGAAAUUGUCAAGAAGUACACAACUGAAUUUGAAUCCAGUGCUCGGGAGAGGCUGAAAAGGUUUGACGAAAGGAGUGUCCUAGCAUUGGGAUACCUCGCAUUAUCAGAAAACCACAACAUGUCCCCUGAAUUGACUGAAAAUGAACGAGCAAUUUAUGAAUUCCACAACUCGAAAGAAAUAGAGUCGGUUUUUGCUUCAGCUGAAGCAUUUGUUAUUACUUCUUCUGGGUGGGAGUCGAAGCUAUUGCAGCAUAAACUUGAUAUUCCUGACGUGGACACAAGGAGCUUGCCCAGGGGCACGUCAAGGUUGCCUGUAAUUUUGAACACCAUUGUUGCAGCUUGUAAAGACACCAAGCCUUCGUUGAGGCGGGCUGGUUGCAUUUGGCUUUUGUCUCAAGUGCAACAUUGUGGUCACUUGAAGGAAGUCAAACAGAGAUCAAUUGAAUUGCAUUAUUGCUUUAUGAGAUUCUUAGCAGACAAGGAUGAAAUAGUACAAGACUCCGCUUCAAGAGGUUUGGCUUUGGUAUACGAAUUGGGUGAUGCUGAGUUUAAAGAAUUGUCAGUAAAAUCUUUACUAAAGUCAUUCACCCAGUCUGAUGCAAAUUCAUACACAGCUGGAAGCAUCCAAAAUGACACGGCUUUAUUUGAACCUGAUGUUUUGAAGACCAAUGAUGGUUCUGUCUCAACAUAUAAGGAUGUAUUGAACUUGGCCCAAGAUGCCGGGGACCCGAGUCUUGUUUACAAAUUCAUGUCUUUGACAAAGUCAUCGGCGUUGUGGUCUUCACGUCGUGGUAUUGCCUAUGGGUUGGAAUCCAUUUUAUCUCAAUCAUCCUUGGACCAGAUGCUAUCUAGUAACCCAAAGUUUGCCCAAAGACUUAUUCCAAAACUCUACCGGUACAGAUACGACCCUUUUACUAGUGUUUCUCAAUCGAUGGAGUCAAUUUGGACCUCACUAGUUAGGGACCCUAACCGGAUUAUCAAAGAAAAUUUUGAUCUGAUUUUGAGUGAAUUGUUGACUGGUAUGGGUAAAAAAGAGUGGAGGGUACGACAAGCAAGUGCCACCGCUAUGAGUGACUUAUUACAAAUUGUCGACUUGAAUCGAUACGAGGCAAAGAUUGAGGAUAUUUGGACAAUGAGUUUCCGAGUAAUGGAUGAUAUAAAAGAGAGUGUUAGAAAAGAAGGGUUGAAAUUGACGAAAUCUUUGGUUACCGUUUUGACAAGAGCCUUGGAAAAGGAUUCAAGUAACUCUGGUAGUCAGGAGAUUCUAGGAAGGUUGAUUCUGCUUUUGUUAGGGAAUAGGGGAAUCCUUUCUGACUCCCAAGACAUUAAAGACUUUUCAAUCAAGACUUUGUUGAAACUUUGCAAGACUAAGAGCAAGGCGUUGAAACCUUAUAUUGCUGAUUUGAUUGAAAAUUUCGUCAACCUCUUCUCCACAUUGGAGCCUGAGGUUGUGAACUACUUAGCACUUAAUGCCAGUAAUUUUAAUAUCGAUAAUCAGGAAUUUGAUGCAAAACGAUUGCAAAAUGUUGGAAAAUCUCUGUUGAUGGAUGCCAUUGAAUUUUUGUUGAGUCAAUUGGAUGAAAAGACAAUUCCUGAGUUUUUGAUAAAGUUGGAACGCAGUGUCAAGCAUAGUGUUGGGUUGCCUUCGAAAGUAAGUGGUUCAAAAGUCUUAAUUACAUUGGUUAUGAAUUACCACUCUCUUAUGAGGCCAUAUGGUGCCAAGCUUUUGGAAAUUGCGUCAAGUCAAAUCAAAGAUCGGAACAACACAGUGGCCUCUUGCUAUGCUGCUGCGGCAGGGUACAUUUGUCGUAUUUGUCCCGUAGAAGCACUAAUCAAGUACUCUGAAAAGAUUGCAAAAAUGUAUUUUGAACCUAAGGAGACAGGAGACGAGAGGUCGAGAAUAUUGGCAUCUAACGCAAGCAAUUGUGUAUCGAAAUACUCUGGAGAUCAGUUUAGUGUCGUUGCGUCAGCGUUUUUACCCUUGGCUUUUGUCGGUCGAUGUGAUCAACUAGAACCGGUGAAGCACAAUUUUGAAAUGGAGUGGACGGAACACACAGCUGGUGAUUCGGCUAUUAAGUUGUACUCGACUGAAAUACUUGAUCUUGUGAAGAAGUACUUGGAAUGUAAUGAGUUUUCAAUCAGGGCCACAUUGGGAAGGGCUAUGUGUCAUCUUUGUGUUGCAUUUGGUGAUUCGGGCCACUUUUCUAACCGCACCAUUGAAGAGUUGAUUCAGUUGUUAAUCGAUUCUAACAAAGGUAAGUCUUGGGAAGGUAAGGAAUAUGUGUUUGGCGCUUUGAUUGAGUUUUCCAUUUUGAAUAAAGCGUACUUGUUGCGACAUCGUGAUUUACUUGAUGGAAUUGAGAAAGCAAUAACAACUGAAAUUAAGAGAAGAAACAAGAGGUAUCAAAGAUUGGCAGUACAAAGGAGUGGAAGAUUUAUUCACGAAAUCCACGACCAAGAGCUUGUUGAGAAUUAUAUACAAGUGAUGGGGGAUAUUUUGCAACGUGAAGCCGGGGGCAAAGAUGAUGAUAGUGAUGAAGAAAUGACUGAUGCUGAAGGAGGAGCUAAAGCAGACGUAGUGAAAGAAGAGAGAGUUUUGGAGUUGUUUCAUAAUUUAGGGGUUGCGUUUUAUUACAAGCUGGAGGGCGAUGUUAAAUUAUCUCAAUUUAUAUUUAAAGAGAUGAGAGACAUUUUUCGUUCCAGAGUUACAAUAACUUGGAGGUCAAAGAUCAAGAUAACUGAGUUGUUUAGAAAACUUAUCAAGACAUUGACAAAGAGUAGUGGCGACAUAGAACUUGAUUUGAUUGAAACUUGGAAAGUGUUGAGAGAGCAGUGUUUGAAUGUUGAUGCCCUUGAAUCAGUGAAGUUGGAGUUUAUUCGAUUAUCGAAAGAGUUAGUGCCAGUGUUGAUUGAUUCGAGCAAUCAGAGACUAAUAGAACUAGCCUUACAAGAGUUUUCCAGUCUCGAGAAAUCAAAUGUUGUCAGAGUAGAACUAGCAAGUAGAAAUAAUUAA